GUUAAUUUUGGCUAAUGUCAUAGUCAUUGAGCAGAUUAUAAUGACAAAGACCUUGUGUUUUAUAGCUCAAUCUUGUAACAUCCCCAGCUUUUGUUUGUGUCUUUCUGCUCAUGUGUAUUUGGUGUAAACACCACCACAUUCAGGGUACAGAACAACUCCAUGGCCGCAAAGUUUCCGUUGUGCUGGCUUUUCAGAGUGCCCACCCGCCCCACCACACCAAACCUCUGGCACAUGCCCAUCUGUUCUCUACAACUUCGACAAUGUUGUGUAAGUGGAUUCCCACAGUACGUGACGUUUUGAGAUUGAUUUUGUUCACUCAACAUAAUGCCUUCGGAAACUUACAAGUUGUGCACAUGUAAAUAAUUUAUUCCUUCUUAGCGCUGAGAAGUAUUUCCUGGUAUGAAUCCACUAGUUUGUUCAAGCAUUCCCUAAUUACUGGACAUUUUGGAUGUUUCCCUUUAUUUCCUAUGACAAAGAAACAUGCUUUAAAUAUUCAUGCAAGGUUUUUGUGAGGCCAUGGUAUUCUCUGCUCAGAUAAAUGCCUGGGAGUGUGAUUUAUGGGACAUAUAACCAACUUCCUCUUUCUUUGGUUGGAGGAGAGCACAUACAAAUUCUUUUAUUUUAUCAAUUUUUUUAAGUAAUCUCUACACCCAAUUUGGGGGCUCAAGAUGGGGGCAGGGGAGGCCCACUGGAUGGGGACAGAGGCCCCAUGUAGGAGGGAACCAUCAUUUCUCCUGGGCCUCUCCACUCUCUCUGAAAAAGAAAAGAGGACCCUUCACCAAGUGAGGCCUUCUCUGCCUGACUUCUGUUUCACAAUCUAGAAGCAGAUUGCUGCCUCACAGCCAUCACCCCACCAUAGGUGCUUCCUCUUAAUCACGGAAGGAAGCGGGGUUUUUUCACCACAGAACAGAGGCCCAUUCUCCCCAGCACACAUAUUUGCACAGAGAGAGGGUCCUCAGGCCACCAUGAUGUUGGCCCCUGCCUCCGGGCCCCACCUGCCUCCUUACCUGCUGCUGGCUCUGCUGUUGGGACUCACAGGUGUGGCAGGUGAGGCAGAACUGCAGGUGAUCCAGCCUGAGAAGUUGGUGUCUGUGGCAGCCGGACAGACGGCCACUCUUCACUGCACCCUGACCUCCCUGGUCCCCGUUGGGAAGGUCGAGUGGUUCAGGGGCACAGGGCCAGGCCGGGAGUUAAUCUUCAGUUUCAGAGGAGACCCUUACUCCCCUCGAGUAACAAAUGUUUCAGAUGCCACAAGGAGAAACAACAUGGACUUUUCCAUCCGCAUCAGUAACAUCACCCCAGAAGACACGGGAACCUACUACUGUGUGAAGUUCCAGAAAGGGAACCCCGAUGUGGAGUUGAAGUCUGGACCAGGCACCCAGGUCACCGUGAGCGCCAAACCCUCUCCCCCCGUGGUGUCGGGCCCCACGGCCAGGGCCACACCUGAGCAGACUGUGAGCUUCACCUGCGAGUCCCACGGCUUCUCCCCCAGAAACGUCACCCUGAAAUGGUUCAAAAACGGGAAUGAGCUGGCAGCCUCCCAGACCACCGUGGACCCAGAGGGAGACAGCGCUUCCUACAGCAUCUCCAGCACAACCACGCUGCCGCUGGCCCCGGGGGACGUUCGCUCCCAGGUCACCUGCGAGGUGGCCCACAUGACCCUGCAGGGGGGCCCUCCUCUUCGUGGGACUGCCAACUUGUCCGAGACCCUCCGAGUUCCACCCACCUUGGAGGUUGCCCAGCAACCCGUGACAGGGGACCAGGUGAUGGUCAUUUGCCAAGUGAAGAAGUUCUACCCCCAGCGCCUACAGCUGACCUGGUUGGAGAACGGACACGUGUCCCAAACAGAAACGGCCUCGACGGCCUCGAACCUCACAGAGAACAAGGAUGGGACCUUUAACUGGACAAGCUGGCUCCUGGUGAAUUUAUCCGCCCACAGGGAAGAUGUGGUUUUCACCUGCCAGGUGCAGCAUGACGGGCAGCCCGUGGUCACCAAAACCCAUACCCUUGUGGUCUCUGCCCGCCAGAAGGACCAGGAAGCCCAUAUGACCCACGAUCGAGAACUGUCCACUCCACUCCUGGUGGCUCUCUUCCUGGGCCCCAAGCUGCUGCUGCUCGUCUCUGUCUCUGCCAUCUAUGGCCACAGGAAGCAAUGGAUUCACUGGUGUCCCGGGAGGAAAACAGCACCGAGGACAUAGGAGACACGUGGAGAUCAUUUCUAGAAUGAUGAGCAGAUAAUGAAAUGUGAACAUGGGUCCACAGCUCCUUCCUUCCUCCCCUGCCACAUGCCAUCCUUGGUCUCUGCUGCCUCCUUCCUUCCCUGAGGGGCCCAGCCUAAAACAAGGAACAACUAGAAGCUUCCACAACCGUGCCCCAGAUGCCUGCUUCCCCAGAGACUCACCUGCCC